UAUUCUUAAUUACGAUUGUUUUUCAUAAUCGCGAUUAAAACUAUAGUAUUCGUUGCAUAAAAGGAUCGCUAGUUGAGCGUUCCCGAUAAAGGUUUUUUUAGAUGUUACAGGCUCUGAAUUGAAAACGAAGAUCAUCGUUCAACUUUCUAGCAGAGCAUUUUUUCCUUAUCAUGAAUUUAAAAAUUAAUAAGCCAGCAUGUUUCGUUCACGAAACUUGUGGACCAAACUAUAUUUUCUUGUGAAUUUAUUUAAUCAGUAAGAGCAGCAUAAUACUAUUCUAUUAUUCUUGUACUGUGUCAAGUAUUGUGAAAAUGUUAGUUUGUGCUGAAUAGUAAAAGCAUUUAUGUUAAAUUUUAUAGAAAUCAGGAACCGAAUAUUAAUUGCAUAGGUAACUUGAAUAUUUGACUUCUUUGGAAUUAAUGCCAUCUGUUUACUACAGUAGUAACCAACCAUUCUCAUUUUAUUUCCAAGAUACUUUCCUAAUUGGCAUCGAGGUACAAGCCUGAUCGAAUCUAAACUUUGAGAGGCAAUAUAAUCGCAUUGCUAGCCUCAUGAUCGUCCUGUACACAUUUUGUGUCGAAUGAACAGAAUCCGAGAUUGUAGCACCUGUGAUUGUUUUGCCAUUUAAAGUGACAUAAUUCAAUUCAAUUGCUACCUUCAAAACACUUUUAAAAAAUCACAGCUGUAUUGAACGUAAAUCGUAGGCACAAUACGAUUUUUAAUUAGUAACAAGACUCGUACCUCACAGAGAGUGUUGAGGGGCAGCCUUGGGAUUCCAAUUCUAAACCUGAGGCGAUCUUUUUACCAUACCCUUGUGUACUGGCAAUAAACAUGUUUCGAGCAGCCUCAGAAAAACAGGUUUUUUCCCUCGAGCCCUACGUUUUCGCAAAGUAGAAAAAUUAACUUCUCUACUAAAUUCAAUAUUUAACAAAAGAACAAUGAAACAAAUAAAAUUAAACGAUUUUCGCAUGAAACGUUUACUUUAUAUAUUACUGGAUUCAUCAUUAUAAUAAUUAUUAAAAAAAAUAUUUUCUUUUUCCAUGCUUUUUUUCUGUAUGGACCCCACUGCGACCAAUAGUUUUUUACAUCUUUUGUGGCAUUGUCCGGACGUUUUUGCUGUUCGCAAGUAAUCUGCUCCGUGUUAUAGUGCCUUUUGUCUUCUCCUUCAGACUUAGUAACCUACUUUCUUCCUAUCGAUCUUAUCAUAUCCUCUUGCAGGCUAUCACUCUUACAGCGUAUAACGUGUUAUAAGUCUAAGAUAUUAUCUACUAAGAUUCGAACCGUCGAAGUGGACUCUGUAACCUGGCGGUUACGAAGCUUUUUUUCCAUGCUACCGAAAGUUGAGAUUAAUUUUUAGCCAAAUCCGCAAAACUCGCUUCAAGUAACUUAUCCCCAGUAUGAACAAAUUGUACAUAUUUUAUUUCCAUUCUUAAAUUUCGAGCAUCUCACUUGAGAAGUGAUAAAAUAUUUUUUAUAAACCUGCGGCCGAAUUCCGAGCACACAUUUCUUCGAAGAGAAGAUAAUUUCUUCAUAUACUUUCAAUGAAUGUUUCAAUGUUCUCGGAAUUCGGCCGCUGGUCUAUUAAACUUUCUAAUAGGCGAAAACCAUAUUCCAUUCCAAACUAUGAGAACAUUUUUAACCUAAUUGAUAGGAAUUUUUUUAGCGUAUAACUUUUGUCUUUAUGCGCAGCCACAGGGAUGAAUGCUGUGCUGUCAGGUUGUAAUGUAUAUACUGUUGUACUCAUCAUCAUGCUGUUGUACUUGCAGUUGCAGUGCGAUAAUUUUUUGACGUUUCUGAAUAUUGAUUGAAGAGGUUCUAUUUUGAUAAUGUUAUCAAGUUUCGAAUUAUGAUUUUAAGUUCAUUAGUUUCUCAGUAGUUACACUGAUUGUGAUGACCACUAACGGAGAUAGUGAAUUGUUUCCAUCAAAUGUUACAAUACUUCAAUAUCUGCUGGAAAAUGAUUCAACAGGAGCGGCGAUAAAAACAAAGGGCGUUGGUUCCCUUGCAAAAGAUAAUUUGACCAACAGUCUACCGGAGUGCACCUCUGUAAAUGACACCAAAUCAGACCAAGAAACAAUUGCAGUCUACGAAUGUUCCAAGGCUAACUGCGGAAAGUAUUAUCUGCAGCUAGAGCAUCUGAAGGCACAUGAGCGAAUUCAUUCUGGCGAAUUGAUUUGCAAAUGGGAAACGCAUCCCGGUCAGGAUGGAAGAGAGCAGCAAAAUAAUACUAAUAGAAGUGGUUUGAAAUUUCUUCUGCAAAACGAGCGUCUAGAACUGGUUUUCCAAGGGAAUGAUGAUGUUACUGACGAUGCUGAUGAGCGGGAAUCUAAUAAAACUACCAGCAUUAUAAAUUACGAUGACGAGACUGAUACCUUAGAAAACACAGCCAAUGAUGAAGCGAUUACUGAUACGGAAAACUAUGAUUCAGAUCAGAAUGAUAGACAUGCAGUACCCAGCUCACAAGUGGUUCAUUUGUAUAAUGCCGAUAUUAAUUUAGAUGAUAAUUAUAUCCUUUUGGAGGAAGAUCCCGACGAGUAUGUACAAAUAUGUUCAAAUCAGGACCAAACAAUGCGGAUCACGUCUACUAAAGCGCGACGAUAUCUAUGUCCUUGGGAGGACUGCGGAAGAGCCUACACCAAGUCGUCACACGUUACUGCUCAUUUACGAUCUCAUACCGGGGAGCUUCCGUAUGCCUGCACCUGGGAAGGAUGUGAACUUCGAUUCUCCCGAGCAGAGACAUUGAAGCGACACUUUCGGAGACAUUCAGGAGAGCGCAGCUUUGUAUGUCCAGAAUGCCCAGCCACUUUCGGCCGAAGUGAUCAUUUACGAGGUCAUAUGAAACGACACAAUAUUGAUGGUUUCGUGAUAGAAAAGGUUAUUAAAAAUCCUGAAAGGGUGAAACAAACCCGAACAUCAAAACUUUCAGCCAUAGCUGGUAGGUUGAAUAAGCAUAAUAAGAAGACAGGGCUUGCUUCAAUUUUACCGCGCAACUUCCGGUGCGAAUUUCCUGGUUGCGAUAAAAGCUACACUCGGUCUAGUCAUCUGCGAGCACACGAAAUUUUACACAGCGAUUCGUUUCCUUACAAGUGUCCCUGGGAGGACUGCGAACGGGUUUAUGCACGAUCAUUCGAACUUUCCCGGCACCGCAGGAAGCAUACCGGUGAGAAGAAGUUUGUGUGUCACAUUUGCCAGCAAGCUUUCAUGCGAAGCGAUCAUCUUUCGAUGCACGUAAAGCGUCACAGAGGUACCAUUGAAAAUGGUUCGAAAUAAUAUACCUAUCUACUUUUUAAAAUUGUUGAA